AUGGAUGAUGAAUUCGAUCGAUACUAUAUAAAAAGUCGGACUAUUUUGGGAAUAGAUCCAAAGAGAAUUUAUAAAGAACUUGCAACAGCUUUGGGACCCAACAUUCUAUCAUUUCCAACAGUUGCAAGGUCGGCAAAGCGUUUCUAUGAAGGAAGAGAGGAUGCCAAUGGUGAGUCUCGUUCUGGUCGUCCAGUAUCUGAACUUACGGAUGAAAAUAUUGGAUUGGUACAACAUGUUAUAAACAAUGAUCCACGUUUAAGUUAUGAUGAUAUUAUAGCUGAGACAUCUCUCUCUCAUGGUACAAUAGAAUGA